AUGCCCCAACCAGAACUCACGCCCGAUCAAUAUCAGAAUCUCCUGAGGAAAUACCGUAUCGGUUUCGAAGGGCCGACAGCCCCUCGCAAGUGGCCGAGAAACUAUGCAGAAACCUUCAACGCCAUCCAUCAAAUUAGUCGGAUAUGGAUGGAGGAUUAUGUUACAGACCCUGAGCAUGACAUUCUCCCCAUAAGAGAGAAGAGAGAACGAGUAGCUCAGCUCAUGAACUCCGCCGCUCUCUGCCUGAGGCGAUCGAACACCAACGAGAAGGAAUGGAGAGAUGAAACUGAGGCCAAGGUCUUUGCCCGAUUCUUUUCUGAAGUUGUCUGCCGCUCCUGUCGGAAUUAUUUCUGGCUAUCAGAUUUUGAAGCUUGGCCAAAUGACGAAGAGGCUGUACGGAGGCUUCGGCGGCAACGCGAUCAAAGACGCCUUUGUCACUGCAGCCUCUUAGAUCGAGCACAUGAGGACGAUGGUCGAGUCCCGCUCUUCUCAAGCAGGUCUGAUGUCAGGAUCUUUCACGAAGACAUGGAAGAUCUCGAAAGAGAGGGUCUGAAGAAGCAGAAGCCUGAUCGAGUGAUUGGCUUGGGACCGUCUCGAUCUCUUGACUAUUACACCCGCUUCCGAGGGAAUACUCACAGCCCGUUUAAUGGCGGAGACGUCUUUUAUCCUUUCAUUGUGAUCGAAGCAAAGCCGGAGGCCGGGCCAGGAUUCAAAAGUAUUGAACGCCAAUCGGCUUUCUCGGUUCGGACCUGUUUGAGAUUGCAGCAGAAGCUUCAAACUGAUACUCGAAUCCCACAUCAAUGCUUGGUUUGGUUCUUCGCUUUCCAGGGCGAGGAAUGGCGACUAUAUGCGGCGCUGCCCGCAGAACAUAGAACGCGCGUCAUUGAUCUCUGGCAUGGAACGAUUCUUUCAGAAAAUGGGGCCCUGCAACUCUGUCUCAUUGUUGACUAUCUCUGCACCUGGGCCCGAAAUGUCUACCGAGACAGCAUCCUUACCUGCCUAGCUGGAGGCAGGGCGAACCUACGAAGGCUCACAACGCCGAUUAGCACACAUUUUCCGUCACAGGAGAGCGAGGCCGAUGUUUCCUCUCGUUGGGAGAUCGAGUCUCUCCCAGUAAGAUUAUCGCAAGGUCCUCCUGACCACAGAAAUGGUGUAAAUCGUGGGGGUGCUGUCGGCCCUCCACCCGACCCCAUGGACACCGAUGAAGAAGAUGACCACCCCGCCGCCACGACGGGUCAAGAAGACACAUUUCACUGGCUGCGGUGGACGAGCCUGGGAGAGGAUUCUCCGCCAUGGGCCCCAAGGGCCACCAUUCGACAUUCAAAUCUGGUACAAAUCACCUUUCAAGGCCUGAACCUCCCCCCUGAUCGACAGAAGCUGCGCCGAUGUUUGGAAAUGUGCUUUUCCAACCUCCAAGCGGAAGAAGCAGCUCGACGACUAAUAGCAACAUUGCUCAACGAGGACAUUUCCGUCACCACAAGCAGCAACAUCAUGCUGAGAAAAGACCAUCGUCAAGGAGAGGCUCACUUUGCUGUCAAGGCCUUCAUAUAUUUUCGGACCUUUUUAAGACCCGCUGACUGGCAGAUUGAGCGGCGACUGUUGUACAUCACGUGUAGCCGGAAGGCAAUGGAGGUAUUGGCGAGCAUUGCAGAAACAACCGAUUUGACUCUGGAGUAUCCGGAUACCUGGCGGUCUCACGACUGCGAGUGCCUGUUCCGAGUGACAAAAAGCCUCAACCUGUUCGGCGGAAAGGAAUCGGCCGGACUGGCAUUGUCAGAGCGACAAAUGUGUCUGAAGCUUGCCAAUGGAGAUUCACAUGUCCAGCUUGUCCAAUACAAACCUGGAGGGACCGGAGGAAGAUUGACGCCGAGCGAUCUUGAAAUGGUGUCCCAAACCAUUGCAAAGUCGGAAAACUUGGAGAUCUGUAUGACCGAGCACCGUACGCCAUAUCGGGUCCUCUCGAGUCGGAUAGAUGCUGAAAUAUCGGCCGACGUCCUGGAUCUGCCAGAUUUGGGAAACUGUCGCGGUGUUUUAAUCAAGAAGCCUGGCGGUUGGCCAUCGGCGACUCCAGAAUUUUGCUUCUUGACCACCGAUGAUCAGGUCAACUUCGAAGACGUAGCCAGCGUGGGAAAUAUAAUCCAAGAGACUAGAGACAGGGCCGUCAUGUUUGGAAUACGGAGUGAGAAAAUCGCGGCCGCCGACGACCUCUUCCUCGAUCGAUGGAUCCAAAUUCUUCAGGGCAAGUUGCCGGACUCAGCACCUCUACCAUGA